AUGGAAGAGCAAGAGUGGAAGACAGAAGCCCAGGCAGGAGGCUACACAAUAAUUCAGUUAAGAGUAGAUGGUAUGUUAGACCAGACCUAUCAUAGUGAAAGUAGUGAAAAAUACAAAUGCAAGAUAUAUUUUGAUGGUAGACCUGGCAGGAUGGUGAAGGAAAUAGAGGAAUCACAGAUGAUACCAAGACAACCACAAAGUGGGGAUUUACUAACUCAACUCACAAAGCUAGUCAAGAAAAUAGUCUUGAAAUUGCAGCUCCAUUACUCUCUCUUAAUUUAUUCCAAUCUCCUUAUCAUUAGCAGGUAUCAAGAAAAACAAACGGUUCGUGAGAAUUUUACAGUGGUUACUGAGUUUAUUCUUUUGGGACUGACAGAGCUUUCUGAACGGAAAGUGGCCUUCUUCAUGUUGUUCCUGCUGAUCUACGUCAUUUCUUUGGUGGGGAAUCUGGGAAUGCUUUUCCUAAUCCAAAUCACUCCCAAGCUCCCCACUCCCAUGUACCAUUUCCUUGGCUGUCUUUCAUUUGUAGAUGCCUACUACUCAUCAGUCUUUGCACCCAAAAUGCUGCUGAACUUCUUUGUUGAACUGGAGACAAUAUCAUUUUCUGCAUGCAUUGUGCAAUACUUUUUAUUUGUGUCACUCAUAACCACUGAAGGCUUUUUGCUGGCAGCAAUGGCUUAUGAGCACUAUGUGGCUAUUGUAAACCCUCUACUUUACACAGUGGCCAUGACUAAAAUAGUGUGUGUUGUGUUGGUCAUAGGAUCAUGUGUAGGAGGCUUAAUCAACUCAUUAGCACACACAAUUGACCUGAUAAAACUCUCUUUCUGUAGGCCAAAUGUUAUCAGCCACUUCUUCUGUGACCUUCCUCCCCUUCUGAAGCUGAGCUGUUCUGGCACAUCCAUGAACGAAUUGUUGCUUUUAACCUUCUAUGGUGUGAUUACCAUGAUCACUUUCCUGACUGUGAUCGUCUCCUACAUCUUCAUUGCUGCUGCCAUCCUGAGGAUCCACUCAGCGGCUGGUAGACACAAAGCCUUCUCCACCUGUGCCUCACAUCUGACAGCUGUGACUUUAUUCUAUGGCUCUAACUUUAGUUACAUUCAACCAAGCUCCUCCCUAGAACAACAAAAGGUGGUGUCUGUGUUUUAUACCCUAGUGAUUCCCAUGUUAAACCCAUUGAUUUAUAGCCUAAGGAACAAGGAAGUAAAGGAUGCCCUGAAGAGGGCAAUAGAAAUGAAACAUUUCCCCCGUUAAUUUCAUACCACAUAUUUCUCAAAAUAG